AUGGUAGUACGUUUAAAUCAAGCUCGUCACUCAGCCGACGAUCUUCGCUCCAGAGUGAAUAAGCUCGGCAAUAUUAUUAUACUUUUCUUUUUUCUCUUUUUGGGAUUAUAUUAUUUUGGAUAUAGUGAUGGAUCCGUUGGUGAAGAAAGCGCAAAGAUUCCUCAAUUAAAAACAAACAAUAGUCAUCAUGAUACUGUAUUUCAUAGCAAGUUUUAUGUUCAUCCGUCACUCUCACUUCCUGAAAUAACUAUAAGAAUAUUGAACCAACUUUCUUUACAUUUGGAAUCCAGCAGAUUAAAUGAUAUAAAUGACAACUAUUCCCUUAUUUGGAACAAUCAUGAUCCAUCUUCAAUAACUAUUAAAGUCAAAAAUGUGAAGUAUGGACUAAUAUCAAUUUCAGCAUCUGAAACUCAUACAUCGCAGGUGACCAAUCACAGCCAAAAAGAUUUUGUAUAUGCUGGUUUGGUUAGAGCAGAGAGAGAAUAUUGCAGUGGUAACUUAUCUUGGACCUGUCAAAAAGAUUAUUUUAAUGCGAAUAAUACGUUUGACUCAAGCUAUUGUAUUCUGGCUAUUACUUCUUCAAAUAUAGAGAAUAUAUUCGAAGUUUCCGAUAGGAUUGCGCAUAAACAGGAUACAAAUAAUACAGAUGCAUUAAUUGGAAUGUUUUGCGGCAACCCAUUAAUUCAAAGAGUUGCAAACAGCACUGAUUCCAUAUUUUUCAUAAAUCAAGGAACCUUAAAGGAUAGUACUAUUGUUAGCACAUAUUUGGUUUGUAAAUUUUCAAUGACAAAGAUGGAGGUGUCACAAUGUCACGAUCCAGGAUUUGACCUAUUUAAUUCACAUGUUCCUAUGGCUCUUAUUCACGAUGAAUCGAGCAGUUCAGUAGCUACCAUUGUAUAUAAUCAAACAGGUUCUCUUGAUAUUGCAACUUUCAGCUCAACUACGGUGUCUUUUGAAGCUCUAUUUAAAUCAAUCCCCUUUACUAGCGGAUGGUUAAUGUGUAAUGGUAGAAGAUCAAAGGGAACGAUUAUAUUUGCAGGUUUGCUUUCAUUAGUUUUGAAAUAA